GACGCCCGCGCAUUGGCCAGGCUGGCGUAAGGCGGGCCUCGGGUAUUGUCCUGCUCGGCCUCGGCGGUCGGUGCUGCAGGAGCGGCGGUGGCGGCGUUGGGCGGGAGCGGCCACAACCAUGGCUGGAGGCAAAGCUGGAAAGGACAGUGGGAAGGCCAAGGCGAAGGCAGUGUCUCGCUCCCAGAGGGCCGGGCUGCAGUUUCCUGUGGGCCGCAUCCACAGACACCUGAAGACACGCACCACGAGCCACGGAAGAGUCGGCGCCACGGCUGCCGUGUACAGCGCAGCCAUCCUGGAGUACCUCACUGCCGAGGUGCUCGAGCUGGCAGGGAAUGCUUCCAAGGACCUCAAAGUAAAGCGGAUCACUCCGCGCCACUUGCAGCUCGCCAUCCGUGGUGAUGAGGAGCUGGAUUCUCUCAUCAAGGCUACCAUAGCUGGUGGUGGUGUGAUCCCUCACAUCCACAAGUCUCUGAUCGGGAAGAAGGGGCAGCAGAAGACCGCCUAGGGCUGCUGCAGCGACUCUCCGUCCUGGCAUCGUGCUGUUGCUGGAACGGAAGAUGACGGGGCCGCGGGGGGUUAAGAGCAUUUCCGUGGGAAGCAUAGACGGUUACUGUAGACAUGACAGAGAAACGUUUGUGCGAUCUUAGACUCUAAGCUGGAUGAAAGUAUUUUCAUGUGGCAACAGUGACGUGCUGAUUGGCGAGGUUUCUCCCAUGUAUUUUAUACAAAAAUGGAAUUGAUAAACCAUUUUUUACAAAAAUUAAUUGGUCUCAAAACUGUUCUGUUUGUGAUGUGUUGGAAAUAUUCUGCUCAGACUUUUUUUAAAAAAUUAAAAAUUAAAGAUUAUUUUAGAGUAGUCUUAAAUUAGGAAUAUAGCUUCACCGUGAUUGAUGCUGUACCACAGAGCUGUAGAUUCUAUCUGUAGUACAACCAUUAUGGUAAGUACCACAACAGGGGAAACUUGCCUGCCUGACUUGGGCACCCUAGUCCUUAGGAGAUCCAAGUUUCAGAGAUGUGAAGAGUUGAAAGUGGUUAGAUUGUGGAAUGAUCUGGAUUAGUUACUGAGUAGUUACUAUGUGUCAUGCCCUGUGCUAAGUGCUUUACUGAUUAAGCUAUUUUAUUUGGGGGCCUGGAGAGAUGGUGCAGCGGGGAGGGCGCUUGCCUUGCACGCAGCCAACCCAGGUUCAAUCCUCAGCACCCCUGAGAGCAGAGCUAGAAGUAAGCCAUGAGCACUACUGGUUGUGUGGCCUGUAAAAACAAGAACAUUUUGACUCUGCAGUUUGAGUCCAGGGCCUGACACAUGGCACAUAGACAGCAGCUGUGCUCUGCUCCCAGCCAGCGCAGCCCACCCACUUAGUUCUGAGAUGUUGCUACUCUGUCUCCUGCAGGGUAUGUAGACAGAAGUCAAAGGAUUUGCCAGCAAAUUUUUAUCUAGUAGAGAAAGUAUCAGUGCUAGGUACAGACUGAGAUGUGACUGACUCCAAAGCUUACCCAGUUACCUGGAAUUGAAGUUUAAUGUAUCGAUUUUCUACUUUUGGCUCAAAAUUGCAACUUUCAGUGCUUUUAUUGAUAACAGUGGCAUUUAGUGAUUUGUAUGGUAUUUUUAGAGUGAUUUGUCAGUUUCUAAAUAACUUAAUAGAUCUAAUUAAUGUACUAGUUCAUGAUCCAUCAGAAAAUUCUAUUUUCUGCCUGGAAGUUUUCAUUAAAAAAUGAAAAAUUUAAUGUUUUAUAAUGCAGUACUCAAUAAGACUCAUUUUUCAAAGCUUAUUUUGUUAUGGAAAAUUUCAAAAAUAUAGAAAAAUAAAGAGAAUAGUGUAACAAAC